UUCCGCAUCCGCUCCUCCUCACUGUCCACAACCUCCAUUCUUUGGCGGGGAUGAAAGACCACUCCUUCCUCUUCUCAUUGAUACCCCACCUCCACCAACCUUCACCAACCUUCAGCCUCCAUCCACUCACCAGGCCCACAUCAGCUCUCAGCCAAUAGGUGCUGCCCAGCAAGACAGUUCCACAUUGGAAUCUGCAUCUCCCCAGCUGUUUCAGGAAAAAAGACUAUUGUUGAGGACCUGCAGGCUCUGCCAUUUUCUCCCUCGUUGUGAUGUUUCUGUGGAUUUGGUCGGCUCUGGACACGAUGAAGAUAGUAUCCUCCAGCCAAGGCCCAUAAUACAUGUCUCUGGGUGCAUGUGCCAAAGGCUCUGUGUAGUAGUGUGAAUGUAGCAGGGAAUGUGCUGUGGAAUAUUUGACAUACUGGGUGCUGCUAUGUCAAAGGCUCUGUAGUAGUGACUGAAACGUAGAAGCAUGAAUGCCCCGGCACUUCUCAAAGUCAUCUUGGGUGACAACAGCAGCCAAAGAAUGACUUUCCCAAAUGGACUCCCAGGAACUGUUAAUGAACUAGUUGGUGAGGUACAAAGACAAUGUGGACUUGACUCUAACUUCAGACUUCAGUUUAUGGAUACACUAUUUGGAAAUGAGUUCAUGAACCUCACUUCAAUGGAUGAAGUACAGGAUAGAGGGACAAUUAGAGUGAUUACCUUGACAGGUACCUCCACUCCUCAGUGUGCUAAUGUACCCCCCACCUUAGCUGCCCAUCACUCCUUUGAUGAAUCCUCAUCCCUGUCCAGUGGAACAGUUGACACUGACAUACUCUCUUCACCAGAGUCAGAGUCAUCCAGCUCUCGGUCAUCUUGGCCGAGCAUCUUUCAUGUUCCUCAGUUUAGUUAUGAUGCAGAGUUGAAACUUCAGCAGGGCAAUGCAGCUUACAGGGAAAAUGGUACAUUGCUAAUUCCAGAUCAUAAACUGAAGUCAAACAUUCUUGAGGGCCUAGUGCAAGAAAUUGUUCGGUACAAACUUUAUGUUUCUGACAAAGACUUUAGCACAGUUGGAGAGGCUCUAAUCUCAAAGCAUCCCUGCCUGACUGAGAAAGGCUCACUCUCUGGAUAAGCUGGGUGGAAAUGCAGCUUGAAGAACAAACUGGCGAUCUAUCGCACUCACCUGAGGAAGCUUGGGUGUCAUGAGGUGACAAUAAACUCUCUCAAGCACAAACCAGAGGGCAAAUCAAGCCCUGCCUUUGGCAUUAAAAAACCAAGAAGGUCGGAAGUGAACUACUGUCCGCCGUAUCCUACUGGAGAAUCUGAGAAGAGUCUUGAGAGUGUGAGAAUGGAGCUUGUUUCAGAUGUUAAGAAGAGGAACAACAGGGAGGCUGUAAGGAUGAAAAUGGAGAAGACGUUUGCCUAUAGAAGACAGGAAGUGGUUUGCGACACACCAAUGAUAAAAGACUUCCAGGCGAGAUGGCCAGCACUUUUUGAAGUAGGCAAGAUUAAUGCUGAAUUCAAGCGGAUCACAACAAUGCCCCUGCAGUCCAGAUUUCUAUCUCAGUUAGAUGUUCACUCUGAGAAACUCAUCAAACUUUUUAAAAACAGAGGAGGACAGAUUGGCAGACGCCUAGGGGACAUCAUUGCACCCAUGGAUGAAGAGGAUGAUGUGGAUCGAGGAAGAGAGUGUGUCAUAAAGGCCCUCUGUGUGUACCUUAACGAGGACCCAGAGAAUCUGUUAAGAGAGUAUGUGGCAGCUGAUGAAUCCCUCCUCCAGGAAUCCAUUGAGGAAACCACCAUGGGUAUAUAUGUCUUGAAACGCAGAGAUGCCAGUGAAAAACCAGAGGACAUUGGCAUUGUACUUGAGUCCCAGAUUGUGAUGCAGGAUUUGGACAAUGUUCCCUUAGCUGCUGCCAUGUUGUUUGGCCUCAUUUAUUCCUUGAACUUAAACUAUCCUGCUGAACUCAAGUACACAUUUGAAGUGCUGCAGAAGGUGGUCAUGGAGCUUGAAGGCAAUGCACUGUCCAAAAAAGCCCAAGUCCUGAAAAACAGACUAUCAGUGAACUGGCUAUCCAGGCCCUCCAGCUUGAUUCCUUGCAAGACAUACCUUUUCCAGUUGUUGGACUUUUCUUUUGGGCGAGUGGGAGGCUUUUUUUCCUCCUUUUUUUAAAUUGAACUACAACAGAAUUUGGGGGUGAUUUUUUGUUUACUGUGGACACUGAUAAUGGGAAACAAGCCCCCCUACCAUUGUUUCAGUAUGGAACAUUUACAUGUCUUGUAGUCAGGGUCAGGCUGUGCGCUGUGUACCAUAGAGUUAAAGGACAGGUGUGUAUUCAAGCAAAAAUUCUCUCCAUGUCAGUGUGUUGUAUUAACAUGAACAGGUUCUGCGAAACGGUGUGCACAAGUCUACUUCUUAUCCACACGAACACACAUUUAUGACUUCAUGGACAGUCCUCUUUCCUCACCAAUAAUGCUCUCUUUGUUGAAAAAAGUAUAUUUGUUUGAUUUAUUGUGAGACAUUGCACCUACCUCCUCCAGUUGAACCUUCAUUUUGUGCAAGAGGGAGGCCCUUUUUUCUUUUAAAUUUAAAUUGAACUAUAACCCCAAAAGAGUUUGGGAUGUUUUUUUGUCUACUGUGAGCACUGGUAGUUGGAAAUGAGCCACUGCAAUUGUUUCAAUGUUUCACAUUAAGGAACAUUUACAUGUGCUGUGAAAGGACAGGUGUGUAAUGCAUGUGAAGUGAAAAUUCUUUGUGUCGGUGUGUUUAGGUGACUUUUAAUAUGUGUGGUUACUGUAGCUAAAGGUUCUGCUAAAGGUUCUGGUGUGCAUAAUGUCCCUCUGUUAUCCACAUGCACAAACACAUUUCUGACUCCAUGGAUAGUCCUUUCCUCUGGUUCACCAAUAAUGUUGUAUCUUUGUUGGAAAAAAAGGCUAUCAAUUAUAUUUUUUUUAUAGAACUGAAAUGCAUUACAACCCCCAUUUUUAGGGUUUGGGGUGAGUUUUUCUUUACUUUGAACACUGAUACACUCAUUUCAUGCUGACACCAUGUUUUUUUUACACUGCAAUUUUUUUUU